UCACUCAACUUGCUGGGUUUUUUUGCAGUGUCAGGGGUUGAGAAGCACCCCUCUUUCUUCCGUUCCCGCUCUCAUUCCAGCUUCGAGGAUGCAGAAGAAAGCUUCAAGGCGGCGAAGCACUACUUGUCGUCCUAAUAAACGCAAGCUCUUACACCUGCCACGUCAAAUUCAGAAGAGAAGGAAAUUUCUUGAAGAAGGGUUGACUCCCCUUGUUGAGAAGUAUUGGUUUCAGAGAUAUGAUCUGUUUUCGAGAUACGAUGAGGGGAUCAAAAUGGAUGAACAGGGGUGGUACUCUGUGACACCUGAAAAGAUUGCAAUCACCCACGCCAAGAGGUGUGAAAAUGCAACCGUCAUCGAUUGCUUUGCAGGCGUUGGCGGCAAUGCCAUUCAGUUUGCUUCAAUGUGUUGUCAUGUUGUUGCUAUUGAAAUUGAUCCCCUUAAAGUUGAUAUGGCCAUUAACAAUGCUAAAAUAUAUGGAGUGGAAGAUUACAUUGAUUUCAUUGUUGGAGACUUUUUUCAACUUGCACCAUCAUUGAAGGGGGACGUAGUGUUUCUUUCACCACCUUGGGGAGGCCCAUCAUACAAAUGGGUGAAGAAAUUUACACUUGACUUACUCAAGCCAAAAGAUGGGUAUGCAAUAUUUCAAGCUGCUCAAGCGAUAACGCCCAACAUCAUUAUGUUCUUACCUCGGAAUGUAGACUUGCUCCAAGUGGAAGAACUCUGUUGGUUGUCUUCUCCUCCUCUACAAGUUGAGAUUGAAGAAAAUUAUGUGAGGAGCAAUUUAAAGGGUGUAACUGUCUACUUUGGUGGCACUGCAGCAUCAAGUCAAUAUGGGUCAUCAUAAUCUUUCUAAGCUAUGAGUUGACCUAAGUGUAGUGUAUAUCAAGGACGUUAAUCACUUGCUGAAUUAUUUGUAGCAUAAUUUUAAAUGUCAAGGAAAAGCUUUGAGGGUUGUUUGGUUGAAUACGGCCAACAUAUGGAGAAGGUUCAGUUGUUGGCAA